GGCACGUGCCACCAGGCCGCGCUCUAGAGGCGGGACUCAGUGCGGUUUGAAAGAUCGGCGCGCACCGCAGGAGCGGCGGUCGGCCUUAAGGCUGUGAUGUCGGUGUUGAGGCCGCUGGACAAGCUGCCCGGCCUGAACACGGCCACCAUCUUGCUGGUAGGCACGGAGGAUGCUCUUCUGCAGCAGCUGGCGGACUCGAUGCUAAAGGAGGACUGCGCCUCCGAGCUGAAGGUCCACUUGGCAAAGUCCCUCCCUUUGCCCUCCAGUGUGAAUCGGCCCCGAAUUGACCUGAUCGUGUUUGUGGUUAAUCUUCACAGCAAAUACAGCCUCCAGAACACCGAGGAGUCCCUGCGCCAUGUGGAUGCCAGCUUCUUCUUGGGGAAGGUGUGUUUCCUCGCCACAGGUGCUGGGCGGGAGAGCCACUGCAGCAUUCACCGGCACACCGUGGUGAAGCUGGCCCACACCUACCAAAGCCCCCUGCUCUACUGUGACCUGGAGGUGGAAGGCUUUCGGGCCACCAUGGCGCAGCGCCUGGUGCGUGUGCUGCAGAUCUGUGCUGGCCACGUGCCUGGUGUCUCAGCUCUGAACCUGCUGUCCCUGCUGAGAAGCUCUGAGGGCCCCUCCCUGGAGGACCUAUGAGGGCGACUGGCCCCUGGGCUGCCCCUCCCCAUGGCUUCGUGCUGACUCCAUAAACAUUCUCUGUUGAGGAUGUCCAGUCAGGGCUUGACAGGCCCAGGCUCACCUCCAGUGGUUGGGAAGGUUCCCUGCAGCACCUGUGCUCCAGCAGGGAGAGCUGGGCAGAAUCAGCGAGGGGACCCAGCUGGUGGGACUCCAGCCCCCUCCCACUCCCACACUCACUCUUGCAGAGCCUUGUGUCUUUAAGCAGCUGGCGUGUUACAUCUCCAUUUAAGAUUUCCUUUGAACAAAAGGUCUGUGGCUAAAAAAAGUUUAAAAAUCAC